AUGUUGCCACUAAAGAAUCAGUUCCUUGACGAGUUCACAAAUAACCAACAUUUAUUUAUUUCUCUUCAUCCGAUUUUUAUCGGCCGUCGGAGGAGCUGGAGGUUUUGGUGCGCUCCUUGUAUAUGUAACAGAAAUUACAUCCAUGAAGUAUCGAUCCCGACCAGCACUGGCAAUACAAAUUGGGUUUCCUGUUGCUUUUGUUUUGAUUUCUCUGAUCGCGUACUUCAUAAGAGUUUGGAGACUAUUAAUGAUCGUCAUCUCAGUACCAUUAAUACCAUUGGCAUUAUUAACGAUAUGGCUUGUCCCAGAGUCGCCCCGUUGGUUGAUGAGUCGGAACAUGGAAUAGAAAUAUCUAAAAGCAAUAACAGAAACGUCAAAUUAUGGAAAAUAUUCACCGUUCGAGCCCUUCUGAAAAAAACUUUAGUUAUGAUGUUCAACUGGGGAACAAUGAUAUUCGUUUACUACGGAUUGACUUUGAACAUCGGUGUCCUGGCGGGUAACGUUUAUUUGAAUUUAGUUCUGAAUUCCAUCGUCGAAAUCUCAGUGAUUCUUUUCGCUGUCAUCGUUGUGGAUCGCUUUGGAAGAAAGAAAUUGACACUUUCCUUCAUGGCUAUCAGUGGUAUAACUGGUAUUCUUACCCUCUUCCCAUAUCUGUACGCAUCAAAGGAUCAGUACUGGACGAUAACGGCGCUGACCACAUUUAGUAGAAUGUGUGUAUCAGGAGCUUCUUCAAUUAUCUAUCUUUAUACCUGCGAACUUUAUCCUACAUGCAUUCGAAAUUCAUCAGUGGGAUUUUUCGGCGCCUUUGCGAGGGUUGGAGGCGUUCUCUCACCAUACAUCAUGGACAUUUCAUCAUUGGUUCCUGGUCGGGUGGGUAAAAGUCUCCCUUUGAUGUUGAUGGGAAUUACAUGCUUCGUGUCUGGGAUUUUACUUAUCUUUCUACCUGAAACAACUAACAAACCGAUGCAAGAUACUCUUGACGAGUUGACAAAAAGCAAGCAUACAAAUAACAGGUAA